AUGGCAUGGGUCAGACAGGCUCCUAGUAAAGGACUGGAGUGGAUUGCAACUAUCAGUCAUACUGGCAGCAACACCUACUACUCCCAGUCAGUCCAAGGCCGGUUCACCGUCUCCAGAAACAACAACCUGCAGCAGCUGUAUCUCCAGAUGAACAGUCUGAAGACUGAAGACUCUGCUGUUUAUUAUUGUGCUCAAGAGCAACAUGCUUUUGAAUACUGGGGAAAGGGAACAAUGGUCACCGUCUCCUCAGACACACCAAAGGCCCCUACUGUGUUUCCUCUGAUACAAUGUGGUUCUGAGACCGGAGACAUGGUGACUGUCGGCGUCCUCGCCACCGGCUUCACGCCCGCCUCACUGACCUUCAGCUGUGCCACUGCCAGCGGGACGAACCUUGCUGACUCUGUUCAGUACCCUGCAGUUCAGACGGACUGCCACUAUUCAGCGGUCAGUCAGAUCCGAGUGAAGAGAUCAGACUGGGAAAAAAACGUUAGCUGUACCGUGGACCAUCCAGCAGGAUCAAUAACCGUCCCCCUUAGACCACCACUCUGUCAUUGUGAUCACUACUUUGACUACUGGGGAAAAGGGACAACAGUGACUGUAACAACAGCCACACCAAGGGCCCCUACUGUGUUUCCUCUGAUACAAUGUGGUUCUCAGACCGCAGAAACGGUGACUGUCGGCAUUCUCGCCACCGGCUUCACACCUGCCUCAUUGACCAUCACAUGGAGCCUCGGCAAUCAGCCCCUGACUGACUCUGUUCAGUACCCUGCAGUUCAGAAGUACAGCUACUACACAGGAUUUAGUCAGGUCCGACUGAAGAGAUCAGACUGGGAACAAAUGAAUCUUGGCUAUACUGUGGAUCAUGUAACAGGAUCAAUAACCUCCAUCAAGGAACCACCUGUGAUUCCUCCAGCACCAAUUCCAGCACAAAUCCAUGUGUUGGGCUCCUCUCCCGAGGAUGAAUCGAAGGGUUCCUUCUCCUGCUUUGCCAUUGAUUUUUCACUUGAAACACAUGAGAUUACAUGGCUGAAAAAUGGACAGGAAAUCACCAACCCAAUAUCUGAGAUCAAGACACCUGCUGUCAGCAAAGAAACUCAAACUGGAACCCGGUACAGCACAGCAAGCUAUCUCAAUGUUGAGGGCGAGUUGACUGAAGGUGACAUAUUGACGUGCGUGUUUGAAGGACCUAAGACAAACGUGAACAAAUCUGUGACCUAUAAAACUCGGCCAGAUGUUUGCGAACCUUGUCUGGACAUAAAAAUCAAACCAAUCUCACUGGAGGACAUGUUUCUCAACAAAAAAGCUGAACUGAUAUGCGAAGUCACUCCCAAAGAGAGAGUGUCUGUUGAGUGGCAGGAUAAGAAUGGACAAGUAAUAGUUGCAAGCAGAAACCUGAGUGAGAGCAAUGGGAAAAGCAAAUUUGCCAUAAUUGACGUCCUCUAUGAGGAGUGGAGCAAGGGGAUAGAUUACAAAUGUGUGGUUGAACAUCCGGAUUUGUUCGAGCCUAAGAGGGAACCUUAUCGAAAAAGCGCACCAUUACCUUGUCCUGAUAUCCAACCUGACCUGGACAUCACAAUCACACCAAUCUCAUUGGAGGACAUGUUUCUCAACAAAAAAGCUGAACUGGUAUGUGACGUCACUGAUAAACAGGGAAAAAUCCAGUCGGUUGAGUGGCAGGACCAGGAUGGACAAAAAAUAGUUGAGAGCAAGAACAGGAGUCAAAGCGAUGGGAAACGCCAAGUUGCUACAAUUGACGUCCUGUAUGAGGAGUGGAGCAAGGGGAUAGAUUACUACUGUGUGGUUGAACAUCCAACUUUGAAUGAGCCUAAGAAGGAACCUUAUCGAAAGAGUGGAGAAGUGCCUAAGCGUCCAUCAGUUUUUCUGCUGCCUCCAGUAGAACAAACUCUAAAUAACGUGGUGACCCUGACUUGCUAUGUGAGAGACUUCAAACCCAAAGAGAUUGUGGUGUCUUGGCUUGUUGAUGAUGUGGCAGCAGAUUCAAAAAUGUAUGCGUUUAAUACCACAAACCUUGUAGAAAACAAUGGAGUCUACUCUGUCUAUGGCCAGCUAUCGUUCAGCCUUGACCAGUGGAAAAACAAUGAAGCGGUGUAUAGCUGUGUAGUUUACCAUGAAUCCCUGAUGGACACAUCCCGAGUCAUUAUGAGGUCCACAGUGACGAGAACUGAGAAAUCCAACACGGUCAACCUCAACAUUGACCUCCCUCAAACUUGCAAGGCCUAGUAGAUGUUUUGUUGUGUUGCUGUGU